CCGGAGCUGGAAGUGCAACUCUUGGGAUCCUCGGAGGCUACGGAACUGGAGGCGGAGGCGGCUGGGGAGGUCCGAGCGAUGUGACCAGGCCGCCAUCGCUCGUCUUUUUCUCUCUCCCGCCGCCUCCUGUCUCGAAAAUAACUUUUUCUAAAAACUCUAUAAAGAAAAGAAAAAAGUAGCCGUCCGCUCCUCAUACCCUCCCCUUCCUCUCAGCCGUCGGGUCUGUGAGGGAGCCCGGGGUGGCCGCUCCGCUGUCGGGGCCGAGCCCCGGCCGCCCCGGGCCGCCCCGCCCGCCGCCCCCAUGCAUCCCUUCUACACUCGGGCCGCCACCAUGAUAGGCGAGAUCGCCGCCGCCGUGUCCUUCAUCUCCAAGUUCCUCCGCACCAAGGGGCUCACGAGCGAACGGCAGCUCCAGACCUUCAGCCAGAGCCUGCAGGAGCUGCUGGCAGAACAUUAUAAACAUCACUGGUUCCCAGAAAAGCUGUGCAAGGGAUCAGGUUACCGUUGCAUUCGCAUCAACCAUAAAAUGGAUCCUCUGAUUGGACAAGCAGCGCAGCGGAUCGGACUGAGCAGUCAGGAGCUGUUCAGGCUUCUCCCAAGUUCACUCACUCUCUGGGUUGACCCCUAUGAAGUGUCCUACAGAAUCGGAGAGGAUGGCUCCAUCUGUGUGCUGUAUGAAGCCUCGCCAGCAGGAGGUAGCACUCAAACUGGCUCCAACGUCCAAAUGGUAGACAGCAGGAUCAGCUGUAAAGAGGAACUUCUCUUGGGCAGAACAAGCCCUUCGAAAAACUACAAUAUGAUGACUGUGUCAGGUUAAGAUAGGGUCUGUGGAUCGAUCAUCUUAUAAUGGAUGGAUAAAUUGGAUUUUUGCUUUGGGUGGGCUCCUCUUGGGGAUGGAUUAUGGAAUUUAAACCAUGUCACAGCUGUGAAGAUCUGGCACAAGAUAGAGUGGUAAAAAAUUUUUUUUCAAAGUGACAGUGCCAUAGUUUGGACAGUACCUUU